UGUGUAUUAAUGUGUGGUUCUCUAUAUUUACCAGAUUAGCAAAGUUAUACAAGAGGCUAGAGCAUUAGAUAUCAACACUCAGGUAAUCUAUCCUUUGGGUGAGACGGCAGCAGCUAUACGAGGAGAAAAUGAGCUCUGGCUUGCUAUGGUUCUUAGGAACAAGGUCCUCUUGGAUCUAAAGCCAUCUCAAUUGGCAGCAGUUUGUGGAAGUUUAGUGUCCGAAGGGAUCAAACUUCGUCCUUGGAAAAAUAGCAGUUAUGUAUACGAGCCUUCUUCUGUUGUCACUGGUGUUAUAAGCUAUUUAGAAGAGCAGAGAAACUCGCUCAUCGAUCUCCAGGAGAGACAUAAUGUUAAGAUACCCUGCGAAAUAGAUGCCCAGUUUGCUGGAAUGGUUGAAGCCUGGGCUUCAGGGUUGACAUGGAGGGAGAUAAUGAUGGACUCUGCAAUGGAUGACGGAGAUUUAGCCCGUCUGCUCAGGCGCACAAUCGACUUACUAGCUCAGAUUCCAAAAUUACCAGACAUUGAUCCAGUUCUCCAAAAAAAAAUGCACAAAUUGCUUGCAGCGUCAUGGACCGAGUACCCAUUAGCGAGCUUGCCGGUUGAAGGCCUGAAGCAUGUAAGUACUACAAAUGCAGAGUUCCCUUCUCUGCCCGCUAAUUCUACAUUUGUUAUAGGUAGGAAAUUCUUUGUUGUACUAUGACAAGUUAUUACCAGAUAUUAACAAAGAUAUCAUUUUUCCAAGCGAUUGAUAUCUUGACAUCAAUUUUUGUACACUCCUCUCGAUAUGGAUCUUGUAUAAGAAAUGGACAAAAUAACCAAUGAAAACUUUGCUUUA